AUGCCCAGGAAGGAGCAUUGCCUACCAGGGGAAUGGGAAUUGCUUAGAGAUAGACAAUUCAAUGCUCAAAUUGUCUCUAUUCACACAGGUUCUAUGGCUGAGAACGAGUGGUAUUCGAUGAAACUUGCGGAGACAGAGGCUCUGGUGUUACACUUUUCUGCAAGCGAAUACUUUCUUCCGCCAUUUCUGAAAACUAUGAAAAAACUCAAAGUUUUGAUAGUAUGUAAUUUGGGUUCAGAGAGGGCCACAAUAAAAGGUCUAGAUGCCUUAUCUUCACUCCCUCAACUCAGAAGUGUUCGUUUGGAGAGGUUGGUAGCACCCAAACAGAUCAAAGCAAUACAAAACUUGGACAAGCUUUCUCUAAGCUUAUGUGAAGGGUUUGUAAAUAUGUCCACAUUCAAUUACUCCAAUGUGCAUGAAUUUAGCCUGGACCAUUGCAGCGAUUUGGAGGAGUUGCCCCCUGCCCUCUGUCAUAUGCCCUCUGUUCAGACAUGGUCUGUUACCAACUGCCAUCUGGUUGAGAAUUUGCCAUAUAAUCUCGGAAAUAUGUGUUCUCUAAGAAUGUUAAGAUUAUCAGCAUUACCAGGCCUCAAAGAGCUUCCGGCAUCAAUUGGAAAACUUGGGCAGGUGGAAUUUCUAGACAUUUCACUGUGCGAGGGCUUGGAAAAACUCCCGGAGGAAAUAGGGAGCAGAGCUAGGAAUUCAAAUGACAGUGGAAGUGGAGAGGGAAUAGACGAUGCAAAUGUCGAUGAGAGGGCCACAAUAAAAGGUUUAGAUGCCUUAUCUUCACUCCCUCAACUCAGAAGUGUUCGUUUGGAGAGGUUGGUAGCACCCAAACAGAUCAAAGCAAUACAAAACUUGGACAAGCUUUCUCUAAGCUUAUGUGAAGGGUUUGUAAAUAUGUCCACAUUCAAUUACUCCAAUUUGCAUGAAUUUAGCCUGGACCAUUGCAGCGAUUUGGAGGAGUUGCCCCCUGCCCUCUGUCAUAUGCCCUCUGUUCAGACAUGGUCUGUUACCAACUGCCAUCUCGUUGAGAAUUUUCCAUAUAAUCUCGGAAAUAUGUGUUCUCUAAGAAUGUUAAGAUUAUCAGCUUUACCAGGCCUCAAAGAGCUUCUGGCAUCAAUUGGAAAACUUGGGUAG